UUGGCGGAGAGUGGAUGAGGAGUGGCGGACAAGUGCAGUGCAAAGGAGGGAAAUACAACCCAAACCCAAAGGAAAUGGUGCAACCGUAUAACCCCUCCUCUCCUUAACUGACAGGGACACAUGCAAACCAGAGCAUCCGAUGACAUAAAGUUUACCUCGUUUUCUCUCGCUGUCGCUCUAGUAUACUACCACCCUACAUAUCUAUCUUUUGCCACUUGCGUUCGCUCUCUCGUCUUCCCUUCUUCUUUCUUUCUCUUUUUAGGACUUAACCCCAUUACCUUCAACAACCAACACUGUUGUUUUGUGUUGUGUUGUGUUGUGUUGUGCUGUGUGUAGCUGGAGGUGAGUAAAGGGAAAGUGAAGCCAUUUGUGAACAGUUUCAGAGCCAAGGUGCGGCCCGAGCAGAUGCCCUUCAGUAUAGUUCACGGCGCCGAUGGCUUUUCCCGAGUUAUACUCACCGACCUCACCGGAUCAUCGGCGGAGGUGCUUUUGUAUGGCGGGCAGGUUGUUUCGUGGAAGAACGAAAGGAGGGAAGAGCUUCUUUUUAUGAGCAGGAAGGCCGAAAGGAAACCGCCCAAAGCCAUCAGGGGAGGUAUACCUGUCUGCUUUCCACAGUUUGGAAAUUUCGAUUCACUGGAGCAACAUGGAUUUGCAAGGAACAGAUUAUGGUCAUUAGAUAGCAACCCUUCACCUUUGUCUCCAUCUAACAGUCAGUCAUCAGUGGAUCUUAUAUUGAAGUCCACUCAAGAGGAUGUAAGAAGCUGGCCACGGAGAUUUGAGUUGCGGCUCCGUAUUUCUCUCAGUGAUGGCAAGCUCACGAUGAUCCCCCGUGUGAGAAAUACAGAUAGCAAGCCAUUCCCUUUUAUGUUUGCUCUGCGUAACUACUUAUCUGUAUCGGAUGUCAGUGAAGUACGGGUUGAGGGCCUGGAGACACUCGACUACUUUGAUAAUCUGAUGCAAAGAGAGAGGUACACAGAGCAGGCAGAUGCAAUUACCAUUGAUGGCGAGAUCGACCGAGUAUAUUUGCGCACCCCAACAAAGAUUGCUAUAAUAGACCAUGAAAAGAAGAGAACUAUUGUGUUGCGUAAAGAAGGCAUGCCAGAUGCAGCUGUAUGGAAUCCUUGGGAGAAAAAAGCCAAGGCUCUUCCAGAUAUGGGGGAUGAGGAUUACAAUACCAUGUUAUGUGUGGAUUCAGCUGCUGUUGAAGCCCCAAUCGUCUUGAAACCCUUUGAAGAGUGGAGAGGACGUCAAGAACUAUCUACUGUGUCAUCGAGUUAUUGCAGUGGGCAGUUGGAUCCUCGUAAGGUUCUUCAUGGCCUUAUUUAACCUUAUCUAUUGAGUUGACCGAAGUUUCCUAGAAAAUACAUUACUUGUCUUAUUUAGUGUACAAUAUGUAUGCACUUACUUGCUUGUGCAUUCUCUUUUCUGUGAUAUUAAGGUUUCUCAAUGUUACUUGAAAUGACUAAGCCAGUUUUGUGUAAUAAUAUUUGACCCUGCCUUUCUGGGUCAUAGGUUUGAGCAA